AUGAACUUAUUGCCAAGCGGGAUAUGUUUUUAUCUGUCUGUAGCAAUCUGCUGGUUCACGUCAAGGGUCGACUCAUCUUGGUGGUACAUGGGUACUCUCGGUUCGCAUGUGAUGUGCGACAACAUCCCGGGGCUAGUUAACAAACAGCGGCAAUUGUGCCGCCAGCAUCCAAAGGUAAUGCAAGUAAUCGGUGUUGGGAUUAAAGAUUGGAUUGAUGAAUGCCAGCAUCAAUUUCGGAACCAUCGAUGGAACUGUAACACCAUGGCGCGGGACCAUAAUGUUUUUGGAAGGCUUCUGCUCCGCAGCAGUCGUGAGGCCGCUUUUGUGUACGCCAUCUCUUCAGCUGGUGUGGUUUACACCCUCACCAGAGCCUGCAGCCAGGGAGAACUGGACACUUGCUCCUGCGAUCCAGGGAAAAAGGGCUCGUCCCGUGACGCUAUGGGGACCUUUGACUGGGGAGGCUGCAGUGACCAUGUUGACCAUGCCAUUAAGUUCACCCAGAAUUUCAUUGAUGCCAAGGAGAGGAGGGAGAGAGAUGCUAGGGCACUCAUGAACCUACACAACAACCGUGCUGGAAGAAGGGCAGUGAAACGCUUCCUGAAUCUAGAGUGUAAGUGCCACGGGGUGAGCGGUUCCUGUAGCAUGCGGACAUGCUGGCUGGCCAUGGCUGACUUCAGGCAGACUGGUGACUACCUGCGCAGGAAAUACAACAGCGCCAUCCAGGUGGUGAUGAACCAGUAUGGCACAGGCUUUACUGGCAUGUUCAGGAAGUUCAAGAGGCCCAGCAAGAAUGACCUGGUGUACUUUGAAGACUCGCCCGAUUACUGUAUAAGGGACUAUGAAUCUGGUUCCGUGGGUACGGGAGGACGUGUGUGUAAUCGAACUUCCCGUGGAGCGGACAGCUGUGAGGUGCUUUGCUGCGGACGAGGCUACGAUACAUCGCGAGUGAGUCGCACCACGAAGUGCGAGUGCAAGUUCCACUGGUGCUGUUCUGUGCAUUGCAGGGACUGCCAUGAGGAGGUAGAUGUACACACCUGCAAAGCCCAGUCCUGA